AUGUUUGUAUUUCCACUUCCUUCUCAUUCAUUCUUAUGCAACUAUUCAAAAUUAUCAGACGACUGGCAAGAACUGGUUGAUGAAUGCCUCUGCCACGAGGUAGGCAGCAUAAGAAAUCACGCUGCAGUGGCUCUCCCUUCUCUCUGCUCACAGUACUACAUGGUUGGCUGCCAACUUAACGUUGACAAAUCUAAUACAAUCAUACACAGUUAUAUUGACAAAUUGAAAGCUAAUGAUGAAACUACAAGACUGGGGCAUGCUUUAGCUUUAGGUUCUUUACCCGCUGAUAUACUGAAAGGACAUGUUGAUAUUAUAAUUGAUAGUUUGAUAGAAUGUGCUACAUAUACUGAUUCAACUGAAAAAUGGGUUCAAAGUAGAAGGCAAGCAAUUCUGUCUCUUAAUUCUAUCUGCUGCAAAGUUGGAAUUAGCAGUCCAGAUCAAAAGAUAUCCUGUCAAACACACUUGUUAAAAAUACUUUCAUGUAUGGUUGAAGGAUUACUUGAUUAUACCAGGGACGAUACAGGUGACACCGGAGCUUGGGUUAGGGAGUCUUCCAUGACGGGAAUUGAGUCGUUAAUGCAACUUGGAGCAAAAGAAGCACCUGACUUGCUGACUGAAAACAUUGUUGAACGUGCUUUGACCAGAAUCACACAGCAAGCAGUAGAAAGAAUUGAUAGAACUAGAGGAAUUGCAGGCAAUGUGUUUUCUACACUUUUACACAGUAAUCCUCAAAUCCCAUAUAUUCCAAUGCGAGAAGAAUUGGUUUUGGUUUUUCCAGAGGAAGCAUGUAAAAAUGAAAUAAAUUGGUUAUCUGGUCUAGAAACAUUCCCUAGGUUUACUCAACUGCUAUCACUUGAAAGUUAUACUAAGCCUAUCCUAACAGGAUUGAUUGUUUCUGUAGGAGGGAUUACAGAAAGUUUGGUUACUGCUUCUAGCAACUGUUUGUUUGACUAUCUUAGAGGUCAGAAUUCUAAUGAACUUCAUAGGAUCUGUGAUACAAUAGCUUUCAUCUAUGAUACAAAUUUACAAAAUGAUAGGAUAAUAUUACCAAUGCUAAGCUUUCUUGACAAGCUUCUUGGAUCAGGCACAAUCAAUCAAGUACUCAAAGAUCCUAAUUCCAAAUUUGCUCUACAGAUUUUCAACUUGACUAGGUCAGCAUUGACUGGCACUCUUGAUAAAUUUAAACUGCUGAGGUCUGUGGACGUGUAUUGUCAACUAAUACAGGUUGAUGGUGCAGUAUGCAAGAAGGCACUCGGACGGCUCAUGAUCUUGCUUUGCCAUAGGUUUGGUUGGCUGAGGAAAGCAACAGCAACAAAGUUAUACGAAUCCCUUAUGUUGUAUCCUGAUAUCCCAGGAUUAUCUGAAGAAUCUUUGGAUUCUAUCCUUUCAUUACUUUCGGAAGCUGAAUGGACAACUGUAGAUAUCUCUCGCCCUGUUAGGAAUAAAAUAGCAGAAUUACUAGGAAUCAAACCUCCUGUCCCAGUCCCAACUGUCUAA